UACUACACGGAUAUAUUUGACUGCGGGACCAGCGCACAGACGCAUCAGCUAUGUGUAAAAAUGAUGGAUGCCGUUAUUUUAAAAGAACCAGCCUGUUUUGGAUUGUCGCCGUGACACUCGGGAUGGGGUAUUUUACUUGCACUGUGUUUGUGCCAGAAAAAAUCCCAUUUGAUCAUCUUGGAGCAUUUGGCAGCUUCUGCAGAUACCUGGUGGAUAACCAUGCUGAGAUUAUGUACAAAGGGUGGUGGGCAGCCUGGGCUGUUCAUGCCUUUGAGGCCUUUAUUGCAUUGAAGGUGUGCAGCAACAAAGGCAUCACCGACAUGACCAUUUGCUGCCUGUGGUUUUUCCAGACCUUUCUGUUUGGCUUCGCGUCCCUUGGCCUGCUCCUCAAGUACGACCUUGCACGUCCCAAAAAGCAUUAACACCAGCAACAGCACUGCAAAAAUCUAUUUUUUCCUUGUGCCUCUUUUUACUCCACUGUCUUUCUGUGUGACUUGAAAUCCUGAGAUCCACAGUGGAGAAAGACGCUUGAGCCUGCACUAGUGUUUCUUAUGACAUAAAAAUACUGGAGUGAAAAAAUAUCUUUGAUAGACAAUACAGUUGAUUCUUACUUAGUUAAUACUGUAACUUUUGUUCCUAUGAUGAAACAAUAUUUCUAUAUCAUUCCAAGGAAUAUCUAUGCACAAAAGAUAAUACAGAGAAAUAAAAGUGUUUACUGAUGAUAAUAAUACUGGAAGUUAUUUAAGCAUCAUAUUUCUUUUGACGAAUUUGCCCAGAGCUGAAUAUUUAAUGCAAUACUUGGGGAAUCUACUAUGAGUUUGAUAAAAAUGAUGUUUACAUUCAGCCUGGAUGGCUGAAUAUCACUAUACAGUCUUAUGCAAAAGU